GAAUGUCUUUUCAUAAGCUUCAAAGUGUCUGUAAAAGUGAUUGUUCGUAAUAAAAAGAGUUCUUCACUAGUUUUUAUUUUUUUUCCUUCAAUUUUACUUCCAUUUGGGUCCAAAUGGUUUGCAAUCAAAAUCAAAAUCAUCGCCCAUUUUGUUCUGUAAUGAUAGAAAAAUUUUGGGCGGACUAAACAACCAAAACUAAGUCCAAAGAAAACCCAAAAAGGUUCAUUGUUUAAUUCUCCUACCACUUCUUAUGAUUGUUUGUCUCACUGACAAUCCAAAGUUCUUUGUGUCUCCCUCACCCCCAUUCCUCUGUAUAUGUAUCUAUGAAAUCAGUCUUUUUCUAAAGAGAGAGUGAGAGAGAGAGAGAGAGAAGAUUCAAAAAGGAAGAGAGAUGGCAGGCAUAGCUGGUGCUUGUUCUGCUGGUUUGGUGUUCAAGACCGAAGAGUCAUGUAACAAUGGAGCUUCUCUGUUUCAAUACAAUGGGUUGAGACCAGUUGAGAGCAAGCAAGCGACUUCAGUUAGGUCUAGAACUAAUGGGUUCAUUUCUACUUCAGCCUCGAAAUGCAGUAGAAUCAAGGCCAUGUCCUCUCCAUCUGUUUCAGCUCCCAAACGGGAAACAGAUCCCAAGAAAAGGAUUGUCAUAACAGGAAUGGGCCUUGUUUCAGUUUUUGGCAAUGACAUUGAUACAUUCUACAAUAAACUUCUUGAUGGAGAAAGUGGCAUCACUCUUAUUGAUAAAUUCGAUGCUUCGACUUUCUCUGUUCGAUUCGCUGGUCAGAUUCGCAACUUCUCUUCCAAAGGCUACAUUGAUGGCAAGAAUGAUCGACGUCUAGAUGAUUGCUGGAGGUACUGCUUGGUUGCCGGGAAAAGAGCCCUUGAAGAUGCCAAGCUCAGACCUGAAGUCCUUGAAACUAUGGACAAAACAAAAAUUGGGGUUCUAGUGGGAACAGGAAUGGGAGGUUUGACAGCAUUCAGCAAUGGGGUUGAGGCUCUUAUUCAGAAGGGAUAUAAGAAGAUAUCUCCAUUUUUCAUCCCUUAUUCAAUCACCAACAUGGGAUCAGCAUUAUUAGCUAUAGAUACCGGCUUAAUGGGACCCAAUUACUCAAUUUCAACGGCUUGUGCAACUGCAAACUACUGCUUUUACGCAGCUGCAAAUCACAUUAGAAGAGGCGAAGCAGAUAUCAUGGUUGCUGGUGGGACUGAGGCUGCUGUCAUGCCUUCUGGGAUUGGUGGCUUUAUUGCUUGUCGGGCUUUAUCUCAAAGGAACGAUGAACCCCACAGAGCUUCCAGGCCGUGGGAUAAAGAUCGUGAUGGUUUUGUCAUGGGAGAAGGCUCUGGUGUUCUGAUUAUGGAGAGCUUAGAGCAUGCAAUGAAAAGAGGAGCGAAUAUAAUUGGAGAGUACUUGGGAGGUGCAGUAACAUGUGAUGCUCAUCACAUGACUGAUCCUCGGGCAGAUGGCCUUGGAGUUUCAUCUUGUAUAACCAAGGCUUUGGAAGAUGCUGGAGUUUCCCCCGAGGAGGUGAACUAUGUGAAUGCUCACGCAACGUCUACCCUUGCUGGGGAUUUAGCAGAGGUUAAUGCUCUCAAGAAAGUCUUUAAGGACACAUCUGAGAUGAAGAUGAAUGGAACUAAGUCUAUGAUUGGGCAUGGGCUCGGAGCUGCUGGUGGAUUGGAAGCCAUUGCAACCAUUAAAGCAAUCAACACUGGCUGGCUUCAUCCAACCAUUAACCAAAAUAACUUGGAGCCUGAUGUCACUGUCGACACUGUCCCAAAUGUGAAAAAACAGCACGAAGUCAAUGUUGCUAUCUCCAACUCAUUUGGCUUUGGCGGGCAUAAUUCAGUGGUUGCUUUCACCUCCUUCAAGCCCUAAACGAAGCAUAAUCAAAUUAGCUUCUCUCCUUCCAUUUUUGCUUUAGAGAAGAUUGAUUUUGGGAUCAUACAACUGUCGGAAAUGUAAUAAAGAAAAUUUGAGCAUCAGAAUCAUUUAUGUUGUAUGAGUGGUGGUAUCAAUGUAGCCUUAUUUCUUCAUUUUCUUCACAACCCAUAGUCUAUUUGAUGAGAACUGAUUCACAAUCUAUCAAUGAAUAAAAUUGUCUUGCUAUUUUCUUGAUCUA